GAUCACCUGCGACUUCCGGACCGAGGACGAGAGCCGAAAGAAGACAAAGAAACGAAAGCGAGAUCGACGCUGAGCGACAGGGGAAAUUGCCGGCCACAAGCAAAAGGGGGGAGGAGGAAAAGUUCGAGCAAGGACCAGGAGGAGAUCAGAGAUGGUACGUCCCUGGAAUCGAUCUCCCGAGAAAUGCUGCAUCGCGGAAUUCUAUGUGCGAGUUUUAGGCAUGAAUCUUGGAUUUGGUGUGCAUCUAGAAGCACACAACUGCUGAUCCCAAGUCCUGUGACCAUCUCGAUUCAUGCCAUGUCCCUGAGCUGUGACUUAUGUCAACACUGUCACAGUACAUGCCAUUGGUUAUCAGAAAAGAAGAAAAUGCACCUCAAGAGCUAAGGGAUGAAAGGCAUAUGGUCUCCUAAUUAAGACUCUAUGAAUUGGUCAGUGUCAUCUGAAGGUUAACUGAUUGAGAUCAUGGGAAUUUCUGCAAAAUGGUUUAGAUCAUUGGUUGGCAUAAGGAAGCAAGAAAAGUUUCAGCAUCCAGAAAAUGAUGAAAAUAAAAGUGCCUCUGCUGAUAAAUCGCAAGGCCGGAAGAAAAACUCUGUUGGUCUUGAUUGCGCUAAGACAGAAGACGAGUAUGCUCCUGGAACUGCUCCAAUGGCUGGAGAUGCCAACAUCCAGUCAAAUUCAAACGCCACUUCCUCUCCUUCCACAUCAAAUAACAGACAAGUGACUUGUCAAACUCAAGAGAGCAUUAGAGAGGGGUGGGCUGCCACAGUUAUUCAAAGUGCUUUUCGAGCAUUCCUGGCCAGACGAGCUUUACGAGCUCUAAAAGGGCUAGUUAGAUUACAGGCCCUUGUUAGGGGCCAUUCUGUGAGAAAACAAGCUGCAAUAACUCUUCGCUGCAUGCAAGCUCUGGUCAGGGUGCAGGCUCGUGUAAGAGCUAGACGAGUUCGCAUGGCAUUGGAAAGUCAAAUGGGGCGUCAAGAGGUUCAAGAACAGCAACCAUAUGAAGCUCGUGUUAGAGAAAUAGAGGAAGGCUGGUGUGACAGUGUUGGCUCUGUGGAGGAAAUCCAGGCAAAGUUGUUGAAGAGGCAAGAAGCUGCAGCCAAGCGUGAGAGAGCCAUGGCAUAUGCUCUCACUCAUCAGUGGCAGGCAGGUCCCAGGAAGCCAGCUGCACUUGAAGGUUUUGAACCUGAUAAUAAUAACUGGGGUUGGAACUGGUUGGAAAGAUGGAUGGCUGUUCGCCCAUGGGAGAAUCGGUUCCUUGAUAUUAGUCUUAAAGAUGGGGUUAAAGUUCAUGAGAAUGGAACAGCUGAAGGAAAGAGUGGAGCCAGUGGUACCAAAACUCAGACCAAACCCACUGGCAAGAAACCCAUUUCGACGCUUCACUCCAAUACACUAAUCCAUAAAUCAGUACUGUCAGUGUCUGAUGGAAGUGGUUCUUCAUCAAGCCGGUCCGUCAGUAUGCAGGUUUCUUCUCCUUUUCCAUCAGGCAAACCAAAACAAAAGCUAUCAAGUGAGGAGGUUUAUGGAGAAGCCACAUCUCAAGCAUCCAGAUUUGGUGCUCGAUCUUAUAGCAAUCCAAUGGAGCGGCCCUCUCAAUUGGAGUCACAGACUAAGAGGUUGUCCUUACCAAACAGUGCAGGUUUAGGCGGAAUGGGAAAACCCACUACAAAUAAAGUUGCAGUGAACCGGUCAGCAACUCGGAAGCCCCUUAAAGGUGCACAAAAGUCGGAGACGAAACACCAUCAGAAUCCGAAGGAUCCAGCUUCGAAGAGAGCCGAAGUGCAGAUAUGAGAAGCUAUUUUGAAUUAAUUUUACUUGUUGUUUUAGCAGCUGAUCCUUCGAUUUGCCACUGCCGAAUCAAAUGCUCCGUCUGUAAAUAUUUUACAUGAUCUUGGUCAGGUAGGUUAAUGGUCCUAUUACUCUUUGUACAUCUCUAUCUUCUGGAUGCUGAAAGUUGAAGAGUGGUGAUAGUCCUUGAUGAUAGGAGUGGAUCAUUCUGUUGUGUUAUUAUUUGGUACCUGUUUAUUACUGUUGUGUUUCGAGUAUGUAAUGGUCACUUCUAUGACUACUGUCAAGAGGCUGUCGAUGUUUCUGAAUCACUUAAAUUGUGGGAAAUGUAAUGGUUAUGUUUUGGAUGUA